AUGCUGAAUACGAUCCUCACGGAUAAUCAGGACCAUUUCCCUAUGGUUUUCCGUAAAGCCUCCCAGUGCCUACAGCUGGUCUUUGGCAUGGCAGUGAAGGAGGUGGACCCCAGAGAGCACAUCUACGUCUUGGUCCCCACCCUGGGCCUCGCCUAUGAAGUGAUGCAGAGCAGUGCACAGAGCAUGCCCAAGGCCGGCCUCCGGGUGCUGGUCCUCAGCCUGAUCAUCCGAAAUGGAGACUGUGCCCCUGAGGAAGUGGUCUGGGAAACACUCAGCAGGAUGGGGGCAUGUCCUGGGAAGGAGCACUCUGUCUCUGGGGAUCCCAGGGAGCUGCUGACCCACGUGUGGGUGCAGGAGGAUUACCUAGUGUACCGGCAGGUGCCUGACAGCGACCCUGCUCGCUAUGAGUUCCUGUGGGGUCCCUGGGCCUAUGUGGAGACCAGCAAGUGGCAAGUCACAGUGUAUCUGCUCAGGAUCAAUGAAAGGUUUUCCAGGGUCUUCCCAUCCCUGUCUGCAGAGGCUGAGAGGGAGGAGGAAGAUGGGCCAUGA